UGAUUAAUUUCCUCAUCAUCUGAUCCAAAAUGGAGGCCAUGACCAUCUGCUUUGCUGAAAGGACGCCCAUUAUCAUACAACUACUGAUCAUGAUCUUCAUAUCAGCAGCAGCGGCUCAACAAGAUCCGCCUGACUGCCAACGGUGGUGUGGAGACGUAGAGAUUCCGCACCCAUUUGGCACCACCGAAAGCUGUGCACUGGACGCCAAAUUUCUCAUCAACUGUAGCAAUGGAGAACCUAUACUGGGCGAAAAUCUGGAGGUCACCAACAUAUCCAUUGAAAACCAUGAGGUGAGCAUCAUGUCGUAUAUCGCUAAACUUUGUCACAAGAAUGGAGAGGAACAAAACCGGCCGUCCCUCGAGGUGCCUAGGUUUACGAUCUCUAGUUCCAAAAACAAGUUCACUGUGGUCGGCUGCGACUCCUAUGGCUACCUUUAUGGUAAUUACAAAACUCAAAACAACUACUCCACGGCCACGGGUUGCUUCACUAGAUGUGUAAACCUUGAUAGAGUGUCUGCCAAUGAUUCAUGCUCGGGCAUUGGGUGUUGCCAUAUGGACAUCCCUCCUGGACUCAAGAAUAUAUACGUGAAGCCCUUUAGUUUUUAUAACUACACAAAAGUGAUCAUGGAUUUGAACCCUUGUACCUACGCCUUCGUUGUUGAACAAGGCAAGUUUAACUUCUCCCAAGAUUAUCUUCUAAACGGAUUCACUCCGGAGAAGCUGCCACUGGUGCUUGAGUGGUCAAUAGAUAAUGAUACGUGCGCUGCCGCUCGUCAUCAAGCAAUUCCCUCAUUUUGCCCUUGCGAAGGGAAUUCCACUACUCAUUACCUCAACGACAGCUCUGGAUCAUACUAUUGCAAUUGCAUACGCGGCUUCAAUGAAAAUCCAUAUACGCCCCUUGGUUGUCAAGGUUCCUAUACCUUAAUUACCAAAUUAAUUGUAUUGUUUUGUUUUCGUGAAUUAAUGAUUUUUGCAGACAUUGACGAAUGUCUUGCUUCUAAUAACUGCACUGAAAAGGGCCAGGAGUGUAUUAACCAAGCAGGGACUUAUACUUGCAAGAGUACAAAAGAUGGACAACUUGUUGCAAAAGUCAUAUUUGGUGUUGCAAUUGGCAUUAUUGCCUUCCUUUUGAGUAGCUCUUGGUUAUACGUGGUCUUCAAGAGGAGAAAGGUAAUCAAGCAUAAAGAAAAGUCCUUCCGGCAGAAUGGUGGAUUUAUUUUAAAGCAAAAACUCCCUCGAGAAGAAGACUACUCCAAUGAGACAGCAAAAAUAUUCACUGAAGAGGAGUUGAAAAAGGCUACAGUCAACUAUGAUGCCAGCACCAUCAUAGGCCGAGGAGGUUUUGGUACGGUCUACAAAUGAUUUUUACAAGAUAACACAAUUGUUGCCAUUAAGAAGUCAAAAAUUGUGGAUCAAAGCCAAACCGAGCAAUUUAUCAAUGAGGUUAUUGUUCUCUCCCGAAUUAACCAUAGGAAUGUGGUUAAACUCUUGGGGUGUUGCUUAGAGACAGAAGUUCUUUUACUUGUAUAUGAAUUCGUUCCUAAUGGCACCCUCUUUGAGCACAUACAUGAUAAGAACAAGGCAUCCAAUUUACCUUGGGAAGUUCGUCUGGGGAUAGCUGCGGAAACUGCUGGAGCAUUAUCCUAUCUUCACUCUGCAGCUUCAACACCAAUCAUCCACAGAGAUGUCAAGUCUUCCAAUAUACUUCUUGAUAACUACACUGCAAAGGUCUCCGACUUUGGAGCUUCAAGGUUGGUUCCAGUGGAUCAAAUUGAAGUAGCAACAAUGGUGCAAGGAACUCUUGGAUACUUAGACCCUGAAUACUUGCAUACAAAUUAUUUGACAGAGAAAAGCGAUGUUUAUAGCUUUGGAGUUGUUCUUUUGGAGCUACUAACAGGACGAAAGGCUCUGUCAUUUGAUAUGCCGGAGGAGGAGAAAAAUUUAGCCAAGUAUUUCCUUUAUUCCUUGAGAGAAGGUCGUUUGUUUGGAGUCAUAGAGAACAAUAUAAACAAGGAAGAGAACAGAGAACAACUUAAGGAAGUGGCUGAGCUAGCAAAGAGGUGCUUGAAUUUGAAUGGAGAUGAUAGGCCCAGCAUGAAGGAAGUAGCAAUGGAAUUAGAAGGACUAAGAAAAACACAGAAGCAUCCUUGGGUUAAUGCAGGGGUGAAUAUGAAAGAAACUGAAUACUUGCUUGCUGAGACAUCCAAUGGGAAUGAUGCAACUGCUGCAUAUGACAGCAUAAGCAACCAUGUCGCACUGGACUUCUCUGGAAGAUGAUCAGCAGAGCAACGCAUAUAUAAUUCCCCGCAGAUUG